AUGGCGGAUGAUGUGGACACAGAUCCCGUAGUUGAUGAGAUUGAUGUGUUCCUUUCAAAGAGUUUAGCACAGAACCUCUAUCUUAUGCAGUAUCCCCUUCGACCAGUAGGAUUGGGCUAUGGUCACUUUGAUAACUUGUCAGCACGGGUUAAACCUCAACAAAAGAGGGUGGAAAUGGAACUUGCUUUAGAUACCCGCAGCAAAAAUUACUCUACCAGCAAGGGGGAACAAAUAUCUGUCAACGUGGAUGGCAGUCUACCUCCAAAUUCUGGAGAUAGGGUUUUUUCCGGAUCAAAAAUGGACAAAAUUGUUUUGAGCUGCCCACCAAAUACAAAAACAUUCACAAAUUGUCAGUAUGCUGUAGGCCUUUUUAAAGAUGGAGAGCUUCAUCUGACACCAGUGAGUGCUGUUGUACAGAUGAGACCGUGCUUUGAUUACCUUGACAAGGCUGAUAAAAGACACAUUGCAGAGGCUGCAACUUUGAAUGCCACAGAUGGAGGCGAGUCUUCCCAAGAUGAAGGUGGAGAUGAUGCUGUGCCAGUGAACAUGAAAGUGUCACGGGGCGAGAGUGAGGAGUUCAAGGCAAGGAGAAUGGCCAGUUAUGAGUACGUUAGCCAGAAACGAGAGGAUGAACCUUGGGUUGAUGUCACCUAUCAUACAGCAGAGUCUGGAAUAAGUGAGGCUGAGAGGCAACAUCUACAUGCAGGAGAUGCUCCUCAUGUGUCUCAUUUUAAGAUCCCCCCACAGGAAUAUCUGCAAGCGCUUAUCCCUCCAUCCAGUGAAGACAAGAGUGAGAAACCGGCUAUGCCAGACAAUGUGCUAUCCCUCAACGAACUGCGCAAACUUGACCUGAAUGAGCAGAUUCGUGCACUGCUAAUAAAUGUGAAAGUGAUGCGAUUUAGUCAACUGAUGAGCUUUGUUGCACCUGGUACUGACCAGCAGGCUGUGUUGAAAUCCCUACAGAGCAUGGCAGUUUUGGUCCAAGGAUGUUGGGUUGUCAAGAGUGAACUUGUCUAUCCUGAUGAAGAAAAAGGAGAAACAACGAAAAAGCGAAGAUUUCACAGUACAGUAUCUCCAGAACUCAUGAGAAGAGUUAGGGAUUAUGCAAUGUGGAAAUUCACACAUAACAAGCAUGUUGUUAGGAAAGACAUCUCAUCCAUAGUUCAGUUGCCAUCAGAUGAAGUUAAAGAAAUCCUGGAAAAGAUGUCUCGCUUGAAAGCAAGAACUGGCUGGGAGUUUCUCUAUGAUUAUGAUCGAGAUUUUUGCGAACGACAUCCAGAAAUUGUACAGCGUCAGAGAAACAAGUGGUCAUUGACUUUCCACAAUUUAGCCCUACAUUUCAAGUUACCCAAAGAUGGAGAUAAGAAAGCAUUAGAAUUGGAAAUAGCCCUGAUGAACCAGCAGCCAACAGAACGUUUUCGCAGCCGGCGACUCUCAAGCCGCUCACCCAGAAAACGCACACUCAGUGGGAGGUCCCAGUCAGACGUCAGUGACGUGGAGAUUGACCAUUCCGAGAAGCACAAAAUCUUAGAGAAUCCAUCUUGCCGAAAUAUUCUGGAUAAGGAUGUCACGUUAAAUGGCAACGGGCAUUCUUCAGGUCUUUCACAGAAUGGCCUCUCCCUACCUCACAUUGGGAAAAUGCACACCUCCUAUGCCACCAGCGGGCAGAAUAGUUGUGAUAGUUCCGUACUGAUGUCUGAACUAGAGAAGUUUGCCAGGGAAGUUUUGUCCGAAAGCAGCACCCUGUGCAUGUCUGACCUCCGCAGCAAACUGUCCUUGUAUACAGCCCGUGUGCCUUCAGCUCACGUGUUCACCACCGGUGUGUCUGAUAAGAUGAUAGAGGAUGCUGUUGCUGCUGUUGGCGGUUUCAGGCUGAAGAACCAGUGGCCAUCAAAUCGAAAACCUGAACCGAUGUUUUCAUCGUUGACUGGGGAUAAUCAAAUUGACCAGCUUCGCAAGAUUCUUUUCAAUCUGUUUGAAGAAUCUCCCAAACUGCGAAGUACUUUAUUCCGCUCUCGUGCAAAAGAUGUUGGCAUUGACCUUUCAGAAACAGAGAUAAAAAAAUUCUUGAAGGACCACUGUGACGUCGUAGGUGCAGUAUGGUACCUGAAGAGGACUUUGCCAUCAAAAUCUUGA